GGUUUGUAAAGCGGUAGUUUUCAAUGUACACACGUUCAGACAAGUAACAGAGUAACAUUAACUUUUACCCGGAAGAAAUUUUCGCGAUUUUUUUUCUACUUUCUAGAUGUUUCGUGUGCGUAAAUUUUUUCAAUUCUAUUUUAUCGUCGAUUUUAUUUUCAAUUCGACGAAAUCGUCGUAAUAAUAAAUUUUAUUCGAUUAUUUUUUUUUUGUCUCGUUUAAAUAUUAUUAGCAGUUCGUGACCGUGUUAGUGUGAUAAUUUUUUUUUGCUCGCCGAUAAAAAAAGGUGAUAACGCGAAUAGUGUCAAUUUCUUUAUAAUUUUUGUUGUUUUUUUAUUUUUAAAUUUUUUUUUUCAAUAAUUUUUUUUAUUCAUUACGAACAACCAGAGGUGGAAAAAAAUCAAUCCGAAUGGUAAACUACGUUUCGCAACUGUGUUUUGAAACCGGUUAACAGCGGAUGGACAUGGAUUCUGCCUGCAAGACCAAAACAUCGCCGCAAAAUGUUGCUACUAGAAAUGCAAAGAGACGACAGUCCUGCUGGUGAUGACAGACGAAGGCCCGCGUAUGGCCCCAACGAAGCCGAAUACCUGGACCUUUUACAAGUACAAAACCGUUUACUCGCCAAUCGAAGACACCAAAGUCACCAACAAUCUUCGUAUCAAGCCUCUGCCGCUGGGUAUCUGUAUAAUGUGCAAUCUACACCAUCCACUAGCGCCGGACCAGCCAAUGAAUCCGAUUGGUUUACCAGAUGGUUUAAUAACACUUCUGCCACUUCGGUGCCCGCUACGAUUACAGGAGGCAACACCGCCAGGUGUCCAACUGAGACCGGCUCGUCCGCGACCAUGAUCAUGGACGGCUUGGAAACCCUGAGCACCGCACAUCCGCAUCAGCAAUUUCUACUCUCCGAAGCAGCAGCCGCCGCAGCCGCCCGCCACUUUAGCGUGCUCAGCUUCGACUCGGUGCUGUACAGGGCCAGCGAAUCUACGAAUCCGAAAAGCUGCGGCACCAGCCCCAUACCGGCUUCCGGAGUGCCCGAUAAUACCCAUCAAGACGUCGAUACGUCUGACGCCACUCCGGCCGAUCUCAAUACGCCAGUUACCACCUCGGCCGACAUACCCUCUUUCUUUGGACCUUCCACCGUUGUCGAGCCUCCACCAAUAACUGGAUCUCUGGAAACCGGAGGCGUCUCAUCCAACGCAACCGAAGACGAUCUGGAACUAAAGCUAGAAGACACCGAUACGAAAAUCGAAGUCGACUCGCUGAAUGACAGUCCAUCGAAGGCAUCGCACGACGACGACGACAUCAGCUGCGCCAGCACGAUUACCAUGUACCCGAAUACGCCCCAGUCGACGACCAACAACGGUAAGCUAAACUAUCGCGGUAUUUUCACGACGUCCAGUUCGAAUUCGGUACAAGUGGGCAGCGCCAGUUUGCCAUCUCCGAAUUCGACCAGUUCCAGCAACAGCCACUGGUUAUUGCCUAGUCCAGAUAAGAAUAUCUUUCCUCCGCUGUUCGGGCUGCUGCAACAGUCUCAACAGGCUACGCAACCUUCGCACCAAUCGUACCCAUCCACUAGUUCUAGUCCAUCGACAGUCGGACCGCAAGGGCAACAGUACGACGACAGAUCUCAGCAACAAGUCGAAUUAUUAGGUCUAAGCAUCGAAUGCGGCGGCGCCGGCGGUGGUGGCGGCGCUACCAACACCAACAUAUCGAUUAAGCAGCCACCUUCGUAUACCAGUUGCAGCGUCGGCGGCAGCGGCGCCAGCGCCGAUCAGGAGCUGAUCUAUUCUAGAGUUAGUCAAUCGCUAGUGCAGAAUUCGCCGGUGCAAAAAUACCAAUGGAUGGACUCGCCGGCCGAAUAUCCGUCCAGUUCGCCCCUCGGCAUGGCCGGUCCUUCGGGCAUCGUUAUACCAAAACAAGAGCCCAACUACGGCUCUCCGGUGGCCGGCUGCAGCGGCAUAAACGUCGUCGACAUACAACCGACGCCCGGUCCGGGCCAGCCGUACGUACAGCUCGCCGAAUACGACACGUCCACCAGCAAAGGUCACGAAAUCCUGCAACAAGCGUACCAACAGUCACCGAUGCCUUUGAAACUGGUACCAGUCAAGCCGCGCAAAUACCCGAACCGACCCAGCAAGACGCCGGUUCACGAGCGGCCCUACCGAUGCCCGGUCGAGAACUGCGACCGUCGCUUUUCACGCAGCGACGAACUCACCAGACAUAUCCGCAUCCAUACCGGUCAGAAGCCAUUCCAGUGUCGUAUCUGCAUGCGUUCGUUUUCGCGCUCCGAUCACCUCACCACGCACAUCAGAACGCACACCGGCGAGAAACCCUUCUCUUGCGACAUUUGCGGACGCAAAUUCGCUCGCAGCGACGAGAAAAAAAGACACGCCAAAGUCCACCUCAAACAGAAAUCCAAGAAAGAGACCAAAAUGGCCGCCGUGCUCGCUCAACAGCAACAGUCCAGUCAACAGUCGUCGUCGUCGUCUUCGUCUUCUCAACAACAGCAACAGCAACAGCAACAACAUCUGCAGCAGUCUUCGCAGCAGCAAAUCCUAUCUCCGGCCGGCACGCCGACUCCGCAACACGUUCAGCACCAUCAGCAUCAGCAUCAGCAUUCGCAUUCGCAUCAUCAUCAUCAUCAUCCGCAUCACACCGCCCUGCACAAUCAAGGUACCGCAACACCCAUCCACCAUAGCGACGAUUCGCUAACUUUAACCGUCGUAACUACUUCGAUUUAAAUCUUAUUGUCCCCCCCCUCUACUAUUUUUUUUCAUUUCAUUUCUCUCUUCUUUUUUCCUAUAUAAAAAAAUAUUUAAACGACGAAAAAAUUUUCAUUUUUUAUUUUCGUAUUAUAUUAUUAUGUGUUUUAUUUCGUGUUUCUUUUUUUUCUUUUUUAUUUACUUUGUCGUCUGUGAUUGUAUUUUUUUUUGUGUGUCUCUUUGUUACAUUAUGCGUUAGUUUAUAUAUGUAUACUCGACUCUCGUAUGUGUGUAUUACAUACAAAUUCGCGUACAUACAUACAUACCUAAUAUCUUCUGUGCCAUUAUAUACGAUACGUAUAAGAUGUAAGAUUUAUUUUACUUUUUUCCCCCUCUUUUUUUUCUCUUCAACACCGUGUACAAGACUGGAUUAUUUAAUGUAAUUCAGUAAUGGAUUCUAGAAAAAUUUCACCAUCCUGGCAUAUUUGUGCGUGCCUAAGUAUUUAUAUAUCCUAUCCUUUCGCGCGCCGUGAUUUCGUUUUCGUCCUUUCUUAUAUCCUAUUUCUUUUUUUUUUUUUACACACAUUAAGAAACACGAAUACGAAAAUUUCAACAAAAAAAAAAUCUCUCAUUUUUUUCCCUCUCUCUCAACGUCAACUUUUCUUCAGAGUGUGAAAAUUUUUCUUUCUUAUUAAAUGAAACACGCGUCUAGCCAUUUUGAACGUUUCACAUUCGGAGCCAAAAUUUUUUAUCACUUUGAACUUUCAUCAAAAUUUUUCACAAAUCAUGUCAAACAUGGAAAAUUAUUAUCAGGAAGAUUCAUCUUCGGUGUGCAAAAGCCAUACUCAUGGUUUCUAUUCGCAUAGCUUUUAAGAUUUUCUCCUCUAUUGCUCCCCUCCCCCCCCAAAAAAAAAACGAAAAGAGGACUAUCAGAACACAAAAAAAUUAAUAGUAAUUCGAAAAAAUAAAAUUUAAUAAAUUAAAAAAAAAUAGAAAAAAACAUUAAUUUUCAGGCGGAAAAAGGUCAAAAUUUUUAUUCUGACACUACAAUUCAAUCAAAAUGAAUUACAAGGAGUCCAAAAAGUAGGUCUGUUGGCAAGGUGCUUUAAUUGAAAGGGAUAAAAAAGGUCAGAAUUUAUUCAAGUCCGAAUUUUUUCAAGUCAAAAUUAAAAUUAUUUCAUUUUCAAAAAGACCCCCCCCACAAAAAAAGAAAAAUCCAAAAUUUUGAAAGAAUAAGAAAAUUAAUGAAACACUUCAAAGAUUUAUUGAAGACUUGAAAAAAAUUGCGAUUUUUUUUUAGAAUUUUGACAUUUUCUAUUUUCAAAAAGAACUAAAAAAAAAAAUGCAAAAAUGCAAAAUUCUGUGAAAAAAUAAAGUAAAUGAAAAACUUUAGGGGGGGGGGUGCUCAAAAUACAUUCAAGUCAAUGUCAAGAAUUAUUUUUUUAAAAAAACAGAAAAAAUAAAAAAAUUCAAAAUUCUGAAAGAACAAGAAAAUUAAUGAAAAACUUCAAAAAAUUAUUGAAAACUUGAAAAAAUUGCGAUUUUUUUUUGAAUUUUGACAAAAAGGCAGAACCUCAUUUAGCAAUUUCGGGCCGAAUCAAACUUAUUUGUGACUUAGAAAGACCUUUUGAGAGAAAAAUGUUCAAAUUUUGAGUGGAGGAGGGGGGCGAGGUCAAAAUAUAUUCAAAUCACUUCUUUUCUAUUUUCAAAAAAAAAUAAAGUAAUGAAAAACUUUAAGGGGUGGGGGGUUCAAGAGACAUUCCAGUCAAUGUCAAGAAUCAUUUUUUCAAAAAAAAAAAAACAGAAAAAAUAAAAAAAUUCAAAAUUCUGAAAGAACAAGAAAAUUAAUGAAAAACUUCAAAAAUUUAUUGAAAACUUGAAAAAAUUGCGAUUUUUUUUUGUAGAAUUUUGACAAAAGGCAAAACCUCAUUCAGCAAUUUCGGGACGAAUCAAACUUAUUUGUGACUUUGGAAGACCUUUUGAGAGAAAAAUGUUCAAAUUUUAAGUGGAGGGGGAGUGAGGUCAAAAUAAUAUACUUAUUCAAAUCACUUCUUUUCUAUUUUCAAAAAAAAAACUAGAAAAAAAAUGGAAAAAUGCAAAAUUCUGAAAAAAAUGAAAGUAAAUGAAAACUUUAG